AGGUGACCUAACGUACAUCAAGUAUAUCGGCUCCACCUCUUCUGCCAACGGCUCCUCCCCCUACAACGUUCUUCAACCGUUUGGGCUCGCGCGCACACAGCAAUGUGUGCUCCAGCUGAGCUAAGAUCUGUGGGCUCACUUUUGGCCGUCAUAUUAGGUUCUAUCAUUUCUGUUACCUCUGUUAUCAACAACUGCCUGCUUUUUUAUUGUUUGAUUCGAAGCAAAAAAUGUUUUCAGUGUUAUUUCCAGUUUCUGCUGGUACUAAGUCUAUUUGACGCUAUAAUUUCCUUAUGUUAUGUGCCUGUUAUUCUCGUGGAUAGCUUGAAGGAUUGGUUAAGCUCAGCUAUGCUGGCAAGAUUAUUCUGGAGUUAUUUUGUUUAUCUACUUACUCUCACACAUGUCACUAUGACUGCAGCAAGCUUUAUCCUGAUCUGCGCUCUUCUAGAGCGUUAUCUUAUCACGAUAAGAUCGCCAUACCUGAAGAUGUUCCAACAACGGCGGAGUUUAGCCUGUGUGGCUUCAUUUAUGUUGGCUCUCAUAACCAAAGGAGGUAUUAUGUUCGAGUUGGAUGUAUUUCCUACAGAGGACGAGUCGUGUCGGAACACCGCAAGCGAGAAUUAUGUGGACAUGACUGCAGUGAAUCAAAUCUGGGUGUAUGGAACACUGUAUCGAUUUUGGCUACGAAAUAUCAUUACCGUAUUCGUACCGUUCUUCUUGUUAACACUCAUCAAUUUCAAGACGCUCGUCAAAUUGAGAGCACAGCUCAAAGAGGCGAAAUGUCGCGAAGGACGAAAAUUCUCAGUUCGCGUGGAACACAAGAGCAAGGUGCGAUCGGCGACAUGGACACUUUUGCUUGUCUGCCUACUAUAUCUUCUCUCCAACCUACCUAACGUUAUCGUGACUGCUUGGGAGUUCAUUGAUAUGCAAACAUUACAGAAUGAAUAUUUCGCCUUUUAUAUGUUUUCUACGGACUUAGUCUCACUACUAGUCGUUACGGCUUGUGCUAUGCGUCUCCCAAUUUAUAUGCUUUGCAACCCAGAGCUCCGACGGAUGGUCACUGCAACGAUAAAGCUCAGUAUCAAGCCGAAGAUUCAACAGUGUAAAGCGGAUUACUUGUGA